CGGAUUCCUCCCACCCUACAGCGGAUCCCUCCUUCCGGCCGGAAGCGCCGCUCUAGCUAAGCUUCCCGCGGCGCGUCUCGAUAGUAAGGCGCUCGUCGAGUUAGGCCACUGGGCGCCGCCAUGUUGGAAACCCCGAGAGACGGUGACGUCCCGUGUCAUGGCGGCGCCUGAGCUGCAGGAGGUGCGGCCGGGCCUUUAUCUCGGUGGGGCCGCGGCCGGCGAGCGGAGCCGGCUGAGGGAGGCAGGUGUGACGGCUGUGCUAACGGUGGAUACGGAGGAGCCGGGCGGCAACGCCGAGGGCCUACAGACCCUCUUCAUCUCCGCGCGGGACGAGCCCGAGACGGACCUGCUUAGCCAUUUGGACCGCUGCGUCGCCUUCAUCGGCCGGGCGCACGCCGAUGGCGCCGCCGUGCUCGUGCACUGCCAUGCAGGCAUCAGUCGAAGUGUUGCUGUCAUGACUGCUUACAUAAUGAAGACUGAGCAGCUCACUUUUGAAGACGCCUAUGCAAACCUCCAGACCAUCAAGCCAGAGGCUAAAAUGAACGAGGGCUUUGAGUGGCAGCUGAAGCUUUACCAGGCAAUGGGUUGUGAAGUGGACACCUCUAGUGCAAUUUAUAAGCAGUAUCGAUUACAAAAAGUUACUGAGAAGUAUCCUGAAUUACAGAAUUUGCCACAGGAAGUCUUUGCUGUUGACCCAACUCUUAUUUCCCAAGAAUUGAAAAAUGAGAUACUCUACAAGUGUAGGAGGUGCAGGCGUUCCUUAUUUCGAAGUUCCAGUAUUUUGGAUCAUAGUGAAGGAAGUGGACCAGCAGCCUUUGCUCAUAAGAAAAUGACACCUUUAAUAAUUAACACAGGAAAUGAAGCUAAAUGUACUUCUUAUUUCAUUGAACCUGUUCAGUGGAUGGAAUCUGCAUUGUUGGGUGUGAUGGAUGGACAACUCCUUUGCCCAAAGUGCAGCGCUAAGUUGGGUUCCUUCAACUGGUAUGGUGAGCAGUGUUCCUGUGGUCGGUGGAUGACCCCAGCUUUUCAGAUACAUAAGAAUAGAGUGGAUGAAAUGAAAACACUGCCCCUUCUUGGAUCACAAGCAAGAAAAACGUAAACUUUUUUCAAACUGAUUCUGACGACUAUCUUGAAAAGAAACUUCCUUAUAUCUGAUGCCUUUGUUCAUUACUAUUUAUUACAAAUUUUCAAAUGUGCAGGCAACCACAAUUUUUGGUUGUCUUUUCAUUUGGCACAAGAAAAUAUAUGAAGAUGUGUUCGGCCUUGUCAUAUUCUCUUUCUUCGUCUUGGAUAUAAAAUGUGCCAAAUUUAUCUAAGCAGAAUAAAUUAAAUGGGAACCAAAGUAUCUUAACCAUAUAAAGCAUGUAUGUAUGCGUUAGGCACAUAUAUGUAUGUAUAUGUAUAUACAGUUUGGUAUUAAAACUCCUGUAUUGUCCAGAUAUUUCAGUGUUUGUAUGUGUGUUUUUUUUAGACUUGGCUUUAUUUGUGAAAUGUUAGCAUCAAAACUUUGACUUUUGGUCUGAUGACUGAAUUGACAAAAUCCACCCACUAAAUAUGAA